AUGGAGCUGGAAGAAGAGGUCAGUGGAUCAAUGGACCUGGGGCAUGGAGGGGGUGAGGAGGAGCGAGGUUUGCCGAAGUCCUUCUCCGUCUCCACCCUCCCCUACAGCUCCUUCUCCCAAGGGCGGAACAACUCGAACCUCAGUAUGGGCCCCAAGGCCUUGGGACAGUUAGCCGCAACUGCACGCAGCGUGGACAGUGGGGAGGGCUACCGGAGCGUGACUGGAGGCCGGAUCGUCACCGUCUCGGCUGCGGGCGUCGGGGAGGGAGGUGGCCGAGGGUCCGCCCAUGGUCACGGGUGGCAUCUGGGUCUCAUUGCAGCCGACUUUCUCCGCAGCCAGGACUGGGUGAUGGUUUCUGUGCUCCCGACGCCGUCGGCCGCCGCUUUCUCGUCCUCGGAGGCCCUGGAGUCUGCUUCGCCGGACGGCCCGAUGCAGGCGCCUGGGGACAGCGGCUCACCCACUCAGCAGACCGAGAACCCUGGCUUCGGCUGCCCUCCCUACAGCACGGACAGCAGGACGGACAGGGAGCCGUCUGACUCCUCUCACAGCCCCAGCCCGUCCUCCCCGCCCCAGGACCCUCUCCAGAGUCGCUUCGCCCCCGGGCCCGGACUCCCCAACAGCAAGGCCCCGUUCCACCUCUCCCCGACGGAGAAGUACCAAAGCUUCAGCUAUGAGGACGGCCCGGCGGGGAGCCCCAACCGCUUCCUCAAGGCUGGCAGGACUCCCUUCCACCCCUACAAGCGACAGUUCCCCGAGGAGGUCUUCCCGGAGCCCCACCAGGCCCUCACCCUGGACGGCCGCGCUUUCAAGAGCCCAGCGGGCGUGGAAGGCUUCGAAGAGCUGGCCAACCCCGGGGACACGGACUCCUUUGUUCCCGGCUUCUCCUCCGAGGCCUCGUGGUGCAACGGUCUCCAUUACCCCGGCCAGGAGCACGGGCCCCAGAUCAUGCAUGGGUCAGAGGUCAAGCUCAAACCAGCAGCCCCCUUGGAGGGGCCCCCCGGUCUGUACUGCUACCAGCCCUCCGUCCAGCAGAUGUAUUGCCCCUCCCCACCUUUCCAUCACCAGUAUUCCCCAGGUGCUAGUUACCCUGUGACCUACCUCACUUCCUCACAUUACCCCUACCAGAGAAUAGCCCCCCAGGCCAGCCCGGACUCCCAGCAGCCUCUGUUCCCCAAGCCCAUCUACUCCUACAGCAUCCUCAUUUUCAUGGCUCUCAAAAACAGCAAGACGGGCAGCCUCCCCGUCAGCGAGAUCUAUAAUUUCAUGACGGAACAUUUCCCAUACUUCAAGACUGCCCCGGACGGCUGGAAAAACUCGGUGCGCCACAACUUAUCUCUCAACAAGUGUUUCGAGAAGGUGGAGAAUAAGUCGGGCAGCUCAUCGCGCAAGGGCUGCCUGUGGGCCCUGAACCCGGCCAAGAUUGACAAGAUGCAGGAGGAGCUGCAGAAGUGGAAGAGGAAAGACCCCGUUGCUGUGCGCAAGAGCAUGGCCAAGCCAGAAGAGCUGGACUCGCUCAUCGGAGACAAGGCCGAAAAGUUCCGCCCUCCCAGCCUGGCGUGCGCGGGCCCGGGGCUGGCGGGGCCGGGCCUCCCCAGGCAGAUGACCACGGCGCCGGUGGCCCUGGGCGAGUCGGCCCACCCUUCCGCCCUCCCCCAGCCCCUCCACGUGCUCCACCCGACGCCAGGGCCCCUCCAGGCCAAGAACCCGCUCCUGGCCGGGCACCCCUCCUCCUGCUACCCGUCCGCCCCGCAGGGGUAUGCCCAUCUUUCUCCAGGUCUGGGGCAACCUGGGGGGCCCCAAACGCUCUUCCCCCCUGCCGAUGGGCAGGGCGAGCUCAGGGCCCAGCCCGGCGCCUCCCAGGACUCCCCCUUGCCUGCCCAAACUCCCCCCAUCCAUAGCAUGAAGAUGCUGACGGAGCCUUCCGCGGCCAGGACCAUUCCCGACGCCCUCAUGGCAGAAGGGGACCUGAGUAAUGACAUCGAUGCACUCAACCCCUCCCUCACCGACUUUGACCUCCAAGGAAACCUGUGGGAAGAGUUGAAGGACGACAGCCUGGCCCUGGACCCCCUGGUGCUGGUGAGCUCGUCGCCCAUGUCCUCUCACUGCUUUCCGGCACACUGCCUGAUGGGAAGCCACACGGGCGGCGGAGGCGGCGAUGACCUGAGCCCGCAGAACGGCGGGCCCCCGGGCGGCCUGGCGGACGUGCACCUCACCACCCUCUAUUCGGCCUUCAUGGACCUGGAACCGGGACCCCCGGCGUACCUCAACAACUCCAGCUCGAAGCCCAUCGCGCUGGUAAUCUUCUUCCUCUCUAGCGUCACCAAAUCCUCCAAUCCUGAGGCUGGCAGCAACCUUUAUAAGGUCAUCUGGUCCAUCCCCCUGCCCUGGGCAGCGCCGGGACACAAAAUAGUUUUCAAGCAGAGAGCUGAGGGAAUCACCGCCCAAAACUCUGUCACCUUUGCUACCAGCUCUGUUAAGUUUUCUCCUUUACGCUGGCUUUACAGCACCAAAGUAUCGGAAUCCAACCAUGGCCUCACUCCACCUCUACCUUGCCAGACCAAAGACUCCAAAUUUCCUCAGUUUAUCACAUGGCUGUCAUUCGCCCACCUCCAGCAGGGUGGCAAACAGGGCCAGAGGCCGGGUGAGUCCCGAGAGGCAGGAGGCGAGCGGAGAGAGCAUCUACUGACAAUGAUGAACGACUUGGUUUCCUCCCAGAGCUCCAACCCGAGAAGCAGUGACGUCCUCAAGCCAGUGCAGGUGGGUAGUCUGGGCCCGAGGCCCAGCUCGCUAAAUUGGGUGGUGAGCCGGCCCAGGGUUGGACACAAAUCUACUGGCAUCAACGUCCUUGAGGGGCAGCUACUGCUGGAGAGGGCACUCAGAGGUCCUCUAACCUUCCAGAGCCUGAGAGCCGGGUAA